UAACAGCCGAGGGCAGUGUGCACGCGCGGCAUGAGCUUCACUUCGACCCGCUUUCUCCUCCACUGUGGGGUUUCGUGUGCCACCCGAGAGUUUGGCUGCCUCCCCUCAACUCCCACGACGCGCAAAUUUUCUACCACUACCGCCAUUCCAAUAGCCCCAAGGAGAAGUGAAGAGCUAUUGGUUGUAGCUGGUGGUGGAGCAGCUGGUGUUUAUGGAGCAAUUAGAGCCAAGACUGUUGCGCCUCAGCUCAGUGUUUUGGUUAUUGAGAAAGCAAAACCUCUUUCUAAGGUAAAGAUUUCUGGAGGUGGCCGAUGCAAUGUGACUAACGGCCAUUGUACUGACAAUAUGGUUUUGGCAGAAAAUUACCCAAGGGGUCAUAAAGAAUUUAGAGGAUCUUUUUUCGAGAUGCACGGGCCAGUUGAUACCAUGUCCUGGUUUACAGAUCACGGAGUGGAGCUCAAGGUUGAGGAAGAUGGAAGGGUAUUUCCUGUCAGUAAUAGUUCUUCUUCGAUAAUCGAUUGUCUCAUGUCAGAAGCAAAAGGGAAAGGAGUUGUUAUGCAGACUAAAAAAGUUGUGAAAACUGCAUCUGCUAAUGACGGGAAAUUCCUCCUUGGUAUUGAGAAGAAUGCUUCUAGCUCUCUUGAAUAUGUUGAAGCUGAUUAUCUAUUGAUUGCUAGCGGUAGUAGCAGUCAGGGUUAUAGUCUUGCAUCUCAGCUUGGUCAUUCCGUUGUUGACCCUGUGCCAAGUUUAUUUACAUUCAAGACGGCAGAUUCACAGCUAGCAGAGUUGUCAGGAGUUACAUUUCCUAAAGUUAAGGCAAAGCUGAUAUUAGAAAAUGUCAAAAGGAACAUACAACAGUUUACACAGGUUGGGCCCAUGCUAGUGACUCAUUGGGGACUCAGUGGGCCAGUAAUUCUUCGGUUGUCAGCUUGGGGUGCUCGUGAUCUAUUCAGUUCAGGUUACAAAGGGAUUGUUAUGGUGGAUUUUAUGCCCGAUUUGCAUAUAGAAGAUGUUAAGUCGAUCCUUAGUCGACACAAGCACCAGUUUGCAAAGCAAAAAGUGUCCAAUUCAUAUCCGCCAGAAUUUGGUCUUGUAAAGAGAUUCUGGAAAUAUAUAUUGGAUCGUCAGGGUUUAUCUGGAGACGACCUGUGGGCUUCUAUUUCAAAUAGCUCUUUGCUUUCUGUUGCUUCUCUAUUGAAGCAUUGCGACUUCGGAGUUACAGGGAAGGGUCCAUUCAAGGAUGAAUUUGUGAAGGCUGGGGGUGUUCCGCUAUCCGAGAUCUUGCUGAAUACAAUGGAAAGUAAAAUUCAUUCCGGUUUGUUCUUUGCUGGGGAGGUAUUGAAUGUUGAUGGAGUGACCGGUGGUUUCAAUUUUCAGAACGCUUGGUCAGGUGGAUACAUAGCUGGAACUACUAUUGGUACACGAGUGCAUGAUGCUCAUCUCAGGGUUUUGGAUUUAGGAUAAGAUUGGUAGUACGCAAGGGAAUUGCUUUCUUAUUUUCCUUUCUUUCUUUCUUUCUUUGUUUUUUUUUUUUUUUUUGUGCUAAAACAAGGGAAUUGCUUCUUGAAUCAUAU